UUUCCAAGUUCCAUGCCCCUAGAUAUUUUUUUUAUGACUGAGUUGAUGUCAUUUACAGGUUCAUAGUCAGCAGGAACAAAAGCUGGUAUUUGGUAAUAAUGGCUACAUGUAACAUUGCAUGUGCAGCAUCUGGGCUUGUGCUAAAAACCAGUUUGGCACCAAAGCCAAGUUCAACUCCAAGGAGUAGUAUUGCCUUCUCUUUCAAGCAUGGAAAUAAUAUUUCAAGCAGGCUAGUGGUACGUGCAGCAGAGGAGGGACCGCCACCACCACCAACGCCGCCAGAGGCUUCUACUACCACCACCACUGCCCCUGCAGAAGGAGAAGCUAAGCCAGCUCCUAAGGCUGCCAAGCCACCUCCAGUUGGACCCAAGAGGGGUGCUAAGGUGAAAAUCCUACGAAGAGAGUCUUACUGGUACAACACUGUUGGUUCAGUUGUGACAGUUGAUCAGGACCCAAAGACAAGGUAUCCAGUUGUGGUUAGAUUUAACAAAGUGAACUAUGCCAAUGUGUCAACCAACAACUAUGCAUUGGAUGAGAUUCAACAGGUUGAUUGAAAGAAAAAUGAAGAACUUUCUACUGUAUUAUACAUUACCUUUGUAAUAUCCUUUGCUCAUGUUUAUAGAUGUUUUGUCCUGGUUGUUAUAAAUAUGUUCAUAACCAAUUAUGAUAAUACUCAUCACUGAUGUUUGAUCAUUUGGACAUGGGCACUUACUAUGUAAAGUGAUUGUCAGUCUUCA